AUGCCCGGCUCAUUGGCAGAUUACCUUGCCAAAAACUACCUCAACGCAGACCCAGCGCCUGAGCGCCCAAAAAAGAAGCGGAAGAAGACCAAGACCGACACCUCAGGUUCUGGCCUUCUCAUCGCAGACGAUGACCCACCAGACCUCCGAAACAGCAACACAACCCUGAACGACGAUGACGAAGACAGCCCCUUCAUCGACACAUCAGCUCAAAGUACCGAAUUCCGCCGAGCUAAAAAGUCCGGCUGGAAGACCAUCGGCGGAGCAGCGGCCAACAAUAAAAGCGACCAAGCAGCCGCCGAUGCAAUCCUAGCUUCCGCCGCAGCUGAGCGCGAGGCACGACGAGCCGACGAUGAAGACUCGCCCAUGAUCGAGAGAACAGAGGAAGACGGGCCCCGCAUGGAAUCUGGCGCACUAGCAGGUCUCCAGACAGCAGCACAAACAGCCGCGAUGAUGAAAGCACAAGAACGCCGCCGCAAGGCUGAAGCAGCACUAUUCAAAGACCCCGCAGCGGUGGACGAAAAAGAACAAGAAACAAUCUACCGUGACGCGUCCGGACGAAUCAUUAACGUGGCAAUGAAGCGGGCGGAAGCUCGUCGCGCCGAAGAAGAGAAGCGCGUCAAGGAGGAACAAGCUCGCGAAGCACUUAUGGGUGAUGUACAGCGUCAGCAGCGGGAGAAUCGACGACAGGAACUACAAGAGAUUAAGGCUAUGCCUCUUGCGCGCACGAUCGAAGAUGAAGCGAUGAAUGAUGAGUUACGGGAAGUUGAGCGGUGGAAUGAUCCUGCAGCGCAGUUCUUGACACAGAAGAAAGGGCCUGGGGCUGGUGCUUCUGGGCUGCCAUUGUAUCGGGGUGCGUUUCAACCAAAUCGAUAUGGUAUUCGGCCUGGUCAUCGGUGGGAUGGUGUUGAUCGGGGGAAUGGGUUUGAGAAGGAUUGGUUUGCGUCGAGGAAUAAGAAGAGUCGUAAUGAGACACUGGAAUACCAGUGGCAAAUGGAUGAGUAA